CUGAGGCUCCCUGGUCGCUCGCGCUUUUCUCUCCUUCUCCAAGAUGGCGGCGGUCGGCGGCGCUGAGGCGGGAUCCAAGCGAGCCGAGUGAAGAUUGCUUUGAUGGUGAUCACAGCUUUGAGGACAUAGGACUUGCAGCCGGCCGAAGCCAACGAGAAAAGAAACGGUCUUACAAAGACUUCUUAAGGGAAGAGGAAGAAGUUGCUGCGCAGGUCAGGAGUUCCUCCAAGAAGAAGUCAAAGGACAGUGAAUUGUUCUUCUUGGGGACGGACACACACAAGAAGAAGAGGAAGCACUCCCCCGAUGAUUACUACUAUGGAGGACAGUGGUUCUUGUUCUGAGUGCCGAUAAACCAGUGUGAAGGAGGAGAGAGGUGGAGGGCUGGUAUUUUGGAGGAUUCAGCAUAGAAGAACAGUCUUCAUUUGUGAUACACAAGACAUUUCGUCUUUGGAAUCAUCACAGAAGAAAAAGAAGAAAUCCAGCCCGCAAUCUGCCGACACAGCAAUGGACCUGUUAAAAGCUAUCACUUCCCCACUGGCAGCAGGUGCCAAGUCCUCCAGGAAGGCAGGGGAGAAGUCCUCCAGUUCUUCAAGCCAUUUGGAGAGCAGAAAGGACCACCACAAGAAGAAAGGCAACGGAAGCAGCAGCGAGCUCUCCUUGGAGGACAGCAGUGCCCACAAACCCAAAAAAAUGAAGCCACUCUAUGUGAACACGGAGACACUGACUCUUCGUGAGCCUGAUGGCUUAAAGAUGAAACUUAUUCUUUCACCAAAGGAGAAGGGAAGCAGCUCAGUGGACGAGGAGGCUUUUCAGUACCCUGCCCAACAAGCUUCUCUGAAAAAGUCCUCCAAGAAAUUGGCUCGGGAUGAGCAAGGUGCUUUACUCCUAGGACACGAGCUACAGAGCCUCCUGAAAACGGCCAGGAAGAAGCACAAGUCAUCCUCAGACUCACAUUCAUCUCCUGGCCCAGAAGGUUGUGGGUCUGAUGCCUCCCAACUUCCAGAACCCCACAGUGCUAACCUCGAUAUUACAGGGCUUGACCCCAUUCUAGUAGAAUCAGAGUCGUCCUCUGGUGGAGAACUGGAAGCCGGUGAGCUGGUGAUAGAUGAUUCUUACCGGGAAAUCAAGAAGAAGAAGAAGUCAAAGAAGAGCAAGAAGAAGAAGGACAAGGACAGACACAAGGAGAAGCGGCACUCUCGGACCAAGAGAAGCUCAGGGCUGGCCACAAGCGCUGCCCGAGAGCAUGGUACUGCUCGAGAGCAUUUGGUGACACCCAACCCUGCCCCCGGUAUCCCCACCCUGCCACUUCCUGCUCUCCAUACAGAUGGACAUGGAGAGAAAAAAAAGAAAAAAGAAGAGAAGGACAGAGAGAGAGAGAGGGGAGAAAAGCCAAAAAAGAAGAACAUGUCUGCCUACCAGGUGUUCUGUAAAGAGUAUCGAGUAACCAUUGUGGCUGACCAUCCAGGUAUAGAUUUUGGGGAACUUAGUAAAAAAUUGGCUGAAGUAUGGAAGCAGUUGCCAGAAAAAGACAAACUAAUCUGGAAGCAAAAGGCUCAGUAUCUGCAGCACAAACAGAACAAAGCUGAAGCCACGACUGUGAAAAGAAAAGCAUCCAGUGCAGAAGGUUCCGGGAAAGUCAGAGCUUCUUCUCUGGGAAUACUGUCACCCCAAAAGAAGUCCCCACCAACCACAAUGCUUUUGCCAGCCUCACCAGCCAAAGCUCCUGAGACAGAGCCCAUUGAUGUCGCUGCUCAUCUCCAGUUGUUAGGAGAGUCCCUCAGCCUCAUUGGACACCGCCUGCAGGAGACAGAGGGCAUGGUAGCAGUAUCCGGCAGCUUGUCCGUGCUCCUGGAUUCAAUUAUCUGUGCUCUUGGCCCUUUGGCAUGCCUGACCACACAACUACCUGAAUUGAACGGCUGUCCCAAACAGGUCUUGUCAAACACGCUGGACAACAUUGCAUACAUCAUGCCUGGACUGUGACCUCCGAGAAGCCUGGGAUAGAACCCUGUCUACCCCUUCACUAGUUCAUGUAUAUAUGACUGUUCCAGAUCCUCUACUGAUCUCGGGGUGUAGGUUUUAAAUUUUUAUAUCUAUAUAUACAUAUAUAUAAUGUACAGUAUAUACAUAGGAUUAUAACUACUUCGCUUUUAAUAAUUUUAUGAAAUGGCAAGGGUUUAGAUAAAAAGGAAACUUUGGCAUGAAUGUGGGCUUGGAAUUAUUUUUUGUGUAAAAAAAUCUGCCUUAAAAAUCAGUGUGAUUUGGGGACUAGGGGCUUAUUCUGGGUACCAUGUGUAUCUCCUUAUAGACAGCAAAAAUGUGAUUUUUUUUUCCAAGCUUGGUUGUACCUCCAGACCCAUCACUGACCAUUUGCCUUACCUGUCUUAUAAUUGGAAAUAUAGUAAAGAUUAUGGGAGGAGGCCAGAUGACUACAAACUAUUUGACUCAAAGAGACCUGGGGGGAGGUGGAGAUGGCUUAGGUCGACUGAUAGGGGACUCAUUCCAAUUCCUACUAAAGAGGAUCUGUGUCUCCAGUUUUGUUGUAACCAUUGGUACCACAGUCAUUGACACUGCUGAUAGCCUCAGUUAUGUGAUUCUUGGCAGCAGAGAAAUACCUUGGAGAGGCCAGAGCUGUUGGUGCCGCCUGUUGAACCUGCACUGGCUGGCCAAGAAGGCUGGGUCUGUACAACCAAAGCUGUGUCUUCUGUUGGCAGCAUUGGUUGACCAAAUCCUGAGAGAGUCUGCAGCUUCUUGGUUCCGCUCUGGUUCCCCUGGUGGGCAAAUUGUGCUCUGCAUUCCACACACAAUCACAAAGGAGUCCUCCGUUCACAGUGGGGUUAUCUCUAUGUGCGUGUGAGCGUAUAUUUUAAUUAUGUGUAUUUAACUCUUCAGAAUUUUUAGAUUUUAAUUUAUCCUGUAAAUUUCUGUAUAUAUAAUUUAAUAACUAGCCUCCACCAGCAGUGGCAUGUGGAGCUACAGACUUGUCAUGUCUUCAUGUCUGUCUAAAAGCUCCAAGUCAUCCAUAUGUUAAGGUGUUAUGAUUCAGAAAGGAGCUUCAUGGCCUUCAAUAAUGUUAGGAAAGUGAAAUAGAAAGGAAUGUCACAAUUCCCAACUGCCCUUAUUCCUAAAGAACCAGACCUACUUCCCUAUUAGAAGACAGUCGAGCACUCCAGGGUUGUUUGGAAACUUGGUGUGAGAUCCCCUUUCCAUGCUUUCUUCCUCUAGCCUAGAUGGAACAGGGCAGCAUCACAGCAAUCUUUGGGGACCAUGUAGCCAGCUGCCACCCUGUUUAAUUCCUUCCCAUAGCCUCACUGUGCUUCACAGCUAAGCUUCUCACAGCUGUCCUGGACUCUCAGUCCCUUUUUCAGAUCAGAGCAGUUUUGAGAUUUAAUCUGGGAAAUGGAGAAGGAAACAGGAAUAUGUGGGAACUGAAAUCAAGAAGAACAGAAAUUAGCCGGGCAGUGGUGGUGCACGCCUUUAAUCCCAGCACUUGGGAGGCAGAGGUAGGCAGAUCUCUGUGAGUUCGAGACCAGCCUGGGCUACAGAGUGAGUUCUAGGAAAGGUGCAAAGCUACACAGAGAAACCCUGUCUCAAAAAAACAAAAAAAGAAGAGCAGAAAUUUAAAUUUGAGUGAACAGGUCAGAACCUCAUUUGAACCUACAGAAGUUUCCUUUGAGAAACGGGGUAUGAAGGAGAGGCCAAGAAGACACACCCAGUGCAGGAAGCAGCCAGUCCAUCGCCAUUGCUACAGACGUAGGGAACUCCUGAAGAGAGCCGACUUUUCGUGUUUGUUUUCCUCUGAAGCCUAGCCCUGUUGUGUUUGUAUUAAAGAUUUGUACACAUUUGUAUAAUAAUCUGUAACUUGUGUAUUUGGUACUAUUAGAGGAAAACUUUGGAUUCAGGCCUUCUUGCUGUUUUUAUAUCAUUGUUUUAUUUUGUUUUUUUUUAAAUAAAUCCUAGUGGUUUGAUCCAAAUCCUAUUACAGUUGUAUAAAGAAACAAAAUUUUGUACUUAUAUUAAAGAUCUCAUUUUUAAUAUUUGUA